AUGAAGUCAACCAUCUUCUCUGUCGCUUUGAUCGCUACGGCGAGUGCGCUUCCAGGCCCGGCGUUUAGGACUGUCAACAGACUGCCUAGCAUCAAAUCCAACCCACUUCGCCGCGCCAGCCAGAUCAUCCCCGUCAUCGUCGGUGGACCCCAGGACACGUUCAUUCCCAACACCAUCACCGCAGCAGUCGGCGACAUUGUCCAAUUCCAGUUCUCCAACGGCAACCACACCGUCACGCAAUCAACCGCCGAUACAGCAUGCACUCCCAUGGAAGGCGGUAUCCACAGCGGUCACAUCCCCUUCGAGGACGGCCAGACAGAUGUCGGAACCUUCAACAUGCCCAUCACUAGUGCGGACCCCAUGUUCCUGUACUGUGCUACUGGACCGCAUUGCCAGGAGGGUCAGGUUAUGAUGGUCAACCCUGCCAGUACGCAACAGUUGGCCGACUAUGUCAAGUUGAGCCAGCAGAGCGAAUCGAGCACUGAUGGAACCGACGUCGUCGGCGGAACUGCGGGCAAACUUGCUCUGGAUGCUGCUGCUUUCGUACCUGCACCCCCAGAGGAUCCCGCUGCUGCUCCUCCCGCCCCUCCUGCUGAAGCCCCUGCAGAGGAGGCGCCAGCUGAGGCACCACCCGCUGAAGAAGCGCCCGCAACGACAUCUGCCGCCGAAGCCCCAGCAGAGACGACAGCCGCUGCCGAAGCACCCGCCGAGGCACCCGCUGAGGCACCCCCUGCUGAGAUGCCUAUGACUACCGCAGAAGCAGCUCCCGCCGAGACUCCCGCUGCUGCUGCUGCCAUGGCUCAUGCUUGA